AUGGUAUCCUCAGAUAGUUGGUGCUCGGUUAGUUCAGAAAAGGACGAAAUAUUUGAUCAAGAAAAACAGACAAAGAUCAGAAUUAGCCAAAAUAAAAUACGCGUUGGGCUGUUUGUCAGACUUUUGAGGAUCUUUAAAGCUAUCGUAGCUCGAUUCGACUACAAGCCGAUAGAAACGAACAAGUUUCUAGAAUACAAGAGGUUAUGUGCAUCUGAACCAGAUAAAAUAACGAUCUUCAAGAAGUUGGUGUUCAUGGGCAUACCCUGUCGGUUGUACUUGAUCAUAAAUGAUGAUACCGAAUUUGUAGUCGAAGCGUUCAUGGCUGAAAUUAUUGAGAAUUUCAGGUUAAGCAAGACCGGUCUUAUAUGCUACAUCGGUGUAGAUGGUUCGUUCGUUAAUACAACGAUCCUGAAUUCCACCAAGUUCAAGCAUUUUGGUAUUUUCGAUACGUUAAUAUCAGGAAUGAAAGAAGUAAUUCGAGAACAUCGUUUCUUCCUUGAGGCGAGGCAUAGACUUUCAAAAAUGGGAGUUGUACUACCUGCUGAGUUUGACGAAUCUUUUCUUUUCUCCAAAGUACCGAAAUCGUUGAGAAACCUGAAAUACCAUCCUUUAUAUACUAUCGAGUCAAACAUAAGGAAAAAUCAAAUUAUUUUUCCGAAAAGACCAAUUUUAGGAUACUUUAAGGGAGAACCGAUUUUUUACAAAAAAAAUGUACAAAUUCUGCGAAGCGAAAGAGAAUGGUUUAGACUGGGUAAGAGAGCGUCAAGACCAAUAUAUAAGAUGGUUAAUGGUGUGAAGCUGUAUCGCAAGUAUGAUGUUGAAGACAUUGUUAUUGAGGAUUUGGAAGGUAAACCAAUGUUGUACUACCAUAAUAAUCAUAUACCACGAAACUGUAUUUAUUCCAAAAAUGACUUUUCAGUUUGUGUGGCCAAACUGCUGGAUAUACGUUUUAGUGAGUGCAUUGUUGGAUUCAAGUAUAAAAUGCCUGUAUACCAAGGCAUUUUCCUGUAUAAAAAAGACGCCUCGCUGUUUUUCAAUACAUUGGAACAGUACAAGUUCAACAAAAUGAUAGUAGAUACCGUUGAGAAAGGUGACAGGAUCUACCGCCUAUGGGACGACGUAAUCAAAAGAGUUAAGAAGUUUAAAAAGCUGAAAAAUCUUUUUGCGUAGCUGGUGCGGUAUUUUGUACAAAACUACUGUGGGUAAGUUGUUAUCAUGUAACAUGUUAAUCAAUCGUAUGCUUGAUCAUUUUUGGCUGUAUAACUAACGUAAGAGCAUAGCCCUUUAGUGUAUACGGCAUAAUCGUCAUAACCUUAGAUGUUCUUUUUCUUAACAAUAAAAAUAUACAGGUCAUA